AAUGUAAUGUUUAUUUUUAGAAGGGAAAAAGUAGCUGUAUUUUUUUCUUUAUUUUGGCGAAAUUGAAUUUCAAGGGCUUUGAAUGCAAGUGUUUGCUUUAAAUUGGCUUUGACGACAGAUUAUUUGUGGGUUUUAGUCUUGUUGCGUUCCUACUUUAGCGCAAUUAUUUUGAAACUGUGAGGUUUUUGAAAACCUUGGAUUUUGUUUUAUCGAAUUUAGUUAAAAUUAGGUCCGUGUUUGGCUUAUUCUUGGACAAUUCCUCAUAUUCAGUGAUUUUCCUUUUAAUGGAGGGUGUAAUUUGCGUAAAUUAUUUCAUAUUUGUUGAUUUCAGAUUUGAAGAAAGGAGGAUUUCUUUUCCAUUUUUCUGACAUGUUAGUUUUAGUUAUUAAUUGAUAAUUCAAGAAUAAUUUGGUGUAUUUCUUGUGUAACUUUGUGGGGUUUUAAAAAAUUUGGUAACUUGACGAAUUCAGUGGAUUUUUGUGAAUUUCACUUCUUUAAGUUAGCAUUACAAAAUGUCAAAUCUAAUAAAAUUAUGUUAAAUCUAAUAAAAUUGAGGAAAACAUUUUGGGAGCAUAUCAGAUUUAUUGGUUUUUCCUCUGAAGAUAUAAAGAGUUUGGUUUAAAUUUCUGGAAGUUCAUUGGGCUGAGUCAACAACUAAAAAUUUCUAGGAUGGUCGCACUUAUUAGUGAUUUAAAUCAUUUAUUUUAUUUUUUUUUGUGCUCAAUUGUUUUCUAGUUCCUUCAAUUUUUUUUUUUAAUUUCUUAAAGUUUGGAUUUCCUAAAUAAUUGACUGAUUCACUUAUUCAUGUGUAGGUAAAAAAUUAUAUUACUUAAUUAUUUUGAUAAAUUUUUAGAUCUUGUUGUCAAGAAACAGACGUCUUUUUCCCUAUGCUCAAGAAGGAUCCAGAAGGAAAUUGUAGAAACUUCAGAACGUGGCUUGGGCAAGCCAGAUCUUGGAGCGUUUUGCUUAGAAACUUUCAAGGAAAUUGCUAUAUAAUAUGGGGAGUAUGCCUGGAUUAGUAAUGGAUGUAGCAGAUAAAAUGUCACCUGUGAAGGAAGAGGGUAUGGACCAUAAGGUGGUUGGUUCAUCUGGAAAUAAAUCACUAAGGAGCCCUUUGAGCCCAAGAAGUCCGCGAAUUGACGCCCUCGACCUACCAAUGGAAGGAACACCCACACAUGAAUGCAUGAUUGAUACCUCAAUUGAACAAUUGUAUGAUAACGUGUGUCAGAUGCGGAGUUCUGGUGACCAAUCACCAUCGAGGCAAAGUUUUGGAGAUGGAUCCGAUGGUAAUGAGUCAAGAAUCGAUUCGGAGUUGGGGCACCUUGUUGGGGUAGAGAUUAGGGAAGAAGAAGGGGAGAACAUUGAAGAAGAAACCAAGAAAUUAGAGAAAUUGAAAACAGAAAAUGGGUCUAUUUAUGAUCAGAAAGAAAAUGGGUCUAUUAUUGGUCAGAAAGAAAAUGGUUCUACUAGCAAAAAGUCUGGAAAAGAGGAGAAAAUGAGAUCAGGUUCAUCUACGCCCAGUAUGAAGAUCCAGCCUAAGAAACCUUCCCAGUUAGUUUUGAAGAACAGUCCUAAGAGCAGUAAAACUUCUAGUCGGGAAAAUAAUGUUACCAAUGAGAAUGUAGAUAGCAAACAACUAAAUGAAGUCAGUACAUCUCAGAAGAUUUCCUUUAACCCAGAUAAAACUCCAAGGAAAGUGAACAGCCCAAGAACUGGUCCUCCCAAGAAACAGAGGCCUUCUUCCUUGGGUUCCUCAAAGCAUCGGUAUAACAUUGUGGAAGCUUCAGACUUGGGCUUGGAUAAUCCAGAUCUUGGACCCUUUUUACUUAAAUAUGCAAGGGAUUUGAUAUCUUCUGGAGAUAACCCUCAAAAGGCUCUAGAAUAUGCUCAAAGAGCUGCAAAAUCAUUCGAGAAGUGUGCGGAUGGAAAACCCAGCUUAGAGCUGGUCAUGAGUCUUCAUGUUUUAGCUGCAAUUCAUUGCAACUUAGGGCAAUAUGAUCAAGCUAUCCCAGUUCUUGAGCACUCCAUUAAGAUCCCUGUCCUAGAUGAAGGCCAAGAGCAUGCUCUUGCCAUGUUUUCAGGGUACAUGCAAUUGGGUGAUACAUAUGCUAUGAUGGGACAACUUGAAAACUCUAUAGGUUGUUAUACUACUGGCCUUGAAGUGCAGAAACAGGUCUUAGGGGAAACUGAUCCACGAGUAGGGGAAACUUGUAGGUACUUAGCUGAAGCCCACGUUCAAGCUUUGCAGUUUGAUGAAGCCAAGAAUUUUUGUCAGUUAGCUCUCGAUAUCCAUAAAGAAUGCAGCGCGCCGGCUUCUCUAGGAGAAGCCUCGGAUAGGAGGCUGAUGGGUCUUAUAUGUGAUGCAAAGGGGGAUUAUGAAGGGGCUUUGGAGCACUUGGUUUUGGCAAGCAUGGCCAUGAUGUCCAAUGGCCAAGAAAAUGAGGUGGCUUCAAUAGAUUGCAGUAUUGGUGAUACCUAUUUGUCUCUAGCUCGUUUUGAUGAGGCUGUCUUUUCAUACCAAAAAGCACUUACUGUGUUUAAAUCAAUCAAGGGUGAGAACCACCCUUCUGUUGCUUCUGUAUUUGUUCGCCUUGCCGAUCUUUAUAACAGGACAGGCAAACUAAGAGAGUCCAAGUCUUACUGUGAAAAUGCUUUAAGAAUUUAUAGUAAGCCCAUUGCUGGAAACCCAAUGGAGGAAAUAGCAAGUGGGCUUACUGAGGUUUCUGCCAUCUAUGAAGCUAUGAACGAGCCUGAGGAAGCCCUUAAGCUCUUACAAAGAGCUCUGAAGUUGUUGGAGGAUUCUCCUGGUCAGCAAAGUGCAGUUGCUGGGAUAGAGGCCCAAAUGGGGGUGAUGUACUAUAUGAUGGGGAAUUAUGGGGAAUCUUAUAUUUCUUUUAAGAAUGCAGUGGAGAAACUUCGGGCUAGUGGAGAGAAGCGAUCAGCUUUUCUUGGCAUUGUAUUGAACCAAAUGGGGCUGGCUUGUGUGCAGCGUUAUGCCAUAAAUGAGGCUAUGGUUUUGUUUGAAGAGGCUCGAGCUGUGCUAGAGCAGGAAUAUGGUCCCUAUCACCCUGACACUCUUGGAGUGUAUAGCAAUCUUGCUGGAACAUAUGAUGCAAUGGGCAGGUUAGAAGAUGCAAUUGAGAUACUGGAAUAUGUUCUCGGAAUAAGGGAAGAGAAACUUGGGACUGCACAUCCUGAUGUAGAUGAAGAAAAGAGGAGGUUGGCCGAGCUCCUAAGAGAAGCAGGAAGAGUAAGAAGCAGGAAAGCAAAAUCCCUUGAAACUCUUUUGGUUUCGAACUCUCAGGCAAUCAAACCAGCUGAGGUGGUGAUGCAGGUAUGAAGAUAUGGAGGCAUUUUUUAUUGUUAUUUUAUUCUAUGUAUAAAUAUUGUGAAAUUUAAAGAUUUGGGUGGUGAGUGUGUUCAUUUUACCACGUAAGGGGCAUUGCAUGUAACUGUUGUUCCUCUGUAGCAUAUUCUUUUAUGAGGGACCUUUAUCAUAUGAUUUUCAGAGAGUAAUGAGAAUAGAAAAGGAGUAGAAGAUCAUGGUCACUGAUUUUUGUUGUUU